GAGGCGCCCGUUUGCGCUGUGUUGACGGUUGGUGACGUCCGCGGCGUGGUUGCUAUGGCGCUGAUAGGCCCGGGAAACUUGUUUAGCUUUAGUAUUAGCAUUAGCUUUAGCAUUAGCCGCUGAAAGCUGCAGGUCCGUUUGGGACUUCAGGAGAGAUGUCCAUGGACGCAGCUGAAGUGGUCCUGAGCAAUGUGGAGCCACUGCCUUCAUCUCCUCCUCCUUUCUCCUCUUCUUUUCCUUCUCUAACUCGCUCCUGGCCCUCCUCUCCUCUCUCCUCUUCUCGACAGGUCACCGCACACCUCUACACUUCUCUUCAGCGCAGCAAAGAGCAGGAGCUCUGCAACACCAGCACUUACAAUACACGCCAUCCACUUACGGGUACCUCCACUGGCCACUCAGCCAAAGCCAGACAGGUCUCCUUUAAGUCCUCCUCUCCAGAUCUCAGUUCCGCCAUGUCUACAACUGCACGCUCUCUGAGCUCUGACAGGCUGAAUGAGUCUCAGCAAGCAGAUUUUAGCCUGGAUGUACAUUCCUCUCGUGAAGUUGUGCCUGGAGCAGAGGAGGUGCAGACAGAGGCAGAGCUUAUGAUGGAAGAGAUGGACCUGAAGCUGCAAAACAGCGUGCACAACAGUGCAAAAUAUUUGAGUGGCCGGCGGCAUAUUGAAGAGAUGGAGAAUGUGAGGAGUCAUUUACAGACAAUUCUAAGAUCAGCACCAACAGCUACUGACACAGAUGAGCUCCUCAGGCCUGUCUCUCAGCACCUACAGGACGACUCGUAUGGGAGCGACACCACUUCACAUCUACUCAGUGCGGCUCUCUCUUUAGGUGGAGUAGAGGAGUUAUUCCCCCGGUAUUCCCGUCUGCGUGCUGAUGUUAACCCCACCCCCCUCCCCUCCUUGUCUGAGCUACAAGUUAUCAGAGAGAGUCUGGAAAGAGAGAGAGCCAGACGCAAGCAUUCGGAGCAACAGGUGUUGGCCCUGCAGAAUAAAGCAUUAGCGCUGCAGCAGCAGUUAGCACUGGCUGUGUCUGCCGACCGCAAAAAGGACAUCAUGAUAGAACAGCUUGACAAGACGUUAGAGAAGGUGGUGGAAGGGUGGCGUCGGCACGAGCGAGAGAAAAGUGAUGGAGUGAGGCGUCUGCAGGAGGAGAAGGAGGCAGCAGAAAGCGCACGGGACAAACAGAGAGAGGCUUUGGCGUGCUUUGAGAAGAGUCUGUCAGAGGCAGCAGAGACACUGGAUAAAGAACAGAAACGUAACGAGGAGCUCCAGAGCUCCAAUAAACAACAGGAGCGUGAACUGGCCGAGCUACGUGUGCGCGUGGAGGAACUGCGUGUGCGUGCAGAGCAACGACAGUCUGAAGCAGAAGAAGAAAGAGCCAAAGCAGAGAAACUCCAAAAACUCUCACACACACUGCAGAGCCAACUGGAUCAGCAGAACCAGCAGAGCAAAAACACACACGCACAGCUGCAGCAGGAGAUUACACACCUCACACAGCAGUUGGAAAGAGAGCAGGAGCGAGUGGGCCUGGAAGUGCAGCUUCGCGAAGAGGCCCAGUCCACAAUAAAACAGUUGCAGCAGGAGCUGGAAGAGACCAGACGAGAGAGAGAUGCAGCCAGGGUUGACCGAGCACUGGACCAGGCUCGUUUUGAGGCUCAGCGCUCUCAGUGGGAGGUGGAGCUCAGACUGUGUGUGGAGCAGCAGGUCACCGAACGACUUGCAAACAUACAGCAGGAGAACAGUAUUGCCACAGCUAAACUUCGAGAACAACACAGGAAGCAGUUGUUGGAUCUGAGCGCUCGUCACGAGCGGGAGCUUUCGACACAGAUGGAGGAGUUCAGGGUGCAGUUAGAGGAGAAAGAGGAGAAACAGCAGCAGCUCUCUCUGCACUUUAACAACAAGAUAACAUCGCUACAGGAAGAGAUGCUUUCCAUGGAAACCUGUAAAAGGAGGCUAGAAAGUCAGAGGGAGGAGCUAGUUUCCCGCCUGCAGGGGAUGAUGCGCUCUCAUUGGACAGAGACUCUGAGGCUUCUGAACAAUCAGGAGCAGGCUGAAGGGAUAUUUUCUCCGUUGUCAAUGUGGGGCGGUUCCAAAACCCACUCCUCUCCACAAGAUCAAGACACAACAAUCUGUAGCACAGUUAACACCCUCGCUCCAGCUCCUCCUCAGGCCGUGGUUCUUCACAUGUCCAGAGAAAAAGAACAAGCGAUGAAACGGGAAGCGGAGAUCAGAAUGGAGAGAGGAACGGGAGAGAGUGAUUUUGGUUUGUUAAAUCACAGUCAUGCGUUCUGCCCUUUGGAGCCAGUGUUGGAUGAUACUCAUCUCACAGCUUUAGGAGGCAGUGAUUUGAGCAGUCUCUGGGAACGGCCUCUUGGUGAAGGAGGAGGAGGAGGAGAAAUAGAGAAACAGAAAGCAGAGGAAGAGAAAGAAAGAAGGUCAAGAGCAAAAGAUUUUGAUAGAACAGUGAGAAGACAAGAAGAAGUAGACAUGGGAUCAAUGGUAAAAGGCCAUGAAGCCAGUUUGCAUCAAACUUUGAAUCAGACGUCAAAUCAUUUUAAGAAUCUGGAUCAUCUGCAUUCAGAUUCAAGCCAUCAGUUUGAACAGUGUGUGAACGUUCAAGCGAAUCAGAAUCCAACGUCGAGUUUCAUGCCCAAUCAGUUACACACCUCCUCAGAUAGACUGACCACUCCAAGUUACAGCUCAGGGAAGGGGGCUGGGAGAUGUGACACAUCUGUGGAGACGUACAGCAGUGCAGGAAUGAAAGCUCUGCCCAUAAAAGAACAGCCUUUGUCAAUCAAAGAUAGAGCUCCUCCCACCGGGAUCGAUGUCUCGUCCCUGAAUGAAGGAAGACAGAAUGAACUGCACUACUACAUAUCAAAGCUGUUGGAACGUUCUCCUAGUGAACUCCUUGAGGAGCAGCCUGUGGAUCAGCGUAAAGCAGAAACACACUCAUCUCAUUCAGGUUUGAGUUCUCAGUGGGAGACUUUCUCUCCUGGGCUGAAACCUCCAUUGAAUUCUCUUCCCAGCCAAACAGAAGCUCUCCCAAAACUCAACAUGCCCUCCUCCACACACUCAUCUACUGCGCCACAGAUCACACACCCGGUCCUGCAGGGGCAGCCUGACCCACAGCUGGAACAACUGGCUGAUCUCCUCCGUCUGACCUUACCUCAGAACCAUUCCAACCAGCAACUCCAGCAGCUACUCAGCAGUCUUAUCAGGUCAGAGGACUCCUGCACUGACCCUGUCAAAGCAAAUCUGGACCGCAAACUAGCUCAGCAUGACAGGAGAGAGCGCCAGCCUCCGUCUCGCUCCGCUCCAAGUGGGCCCUUACGAGGCCGUCGGAAUGGACCACAAAGCCAGCGGUCAGGUUCAAAGGUCAACGCCUGGAGAUGAGUGAGCGUGUGAAAGAAUGAGAAGCUUCUAAGCUAAAUGUAUUUGUAAACUGUUUUUUUAUGUUAUUUUCUCUUAAUUUAUUUAUUUUUAUGUUUUUUAAUAAAACCUUGAUAAUUU